AUGAACAAGUUAUUAAAUUUAUUAGGAUUCUUAGUCGUAUUAGUUUUUUGUGUUUUUACUGGUUCAAAUGCUGAAGGUUUGGGUUCUUGUUCAAGUUGGCAUGUAGCAAGAUCUGGCUAUACCUGUUGGGAUAUGGCAUCUACAUGUGGUGUUUCACUUCAACAAUUCAUGGGCACUAAUAGCUUGUCCUCAUAUGAUUGUGACUACAUCCAAAUUGGUAGAAAAUAUUGUUGUAAUUAA